AUGGCUCCUGUACUCAAUAUCAAAGCGGCAUUGUUGCGCAUGACACUCAACAGCAAGAUUAAGAUGCUUGCAGGCUGUCAUAUUCUUCUCGCGCCCACAGUAAACACCCAAUGCUCUCCGACUGGUGGUCACAGUUCCGAGUCGUUCACCAAGGACCCAGUUCUCAACGGUAACAUUGCUGCUGCAUACAUCAAUGGUUUUCAGUCAAAGGGUGUUUCUGCUACCAUCAAACACUACGUUGCCAACACCCAAGAGUUUCAGAGCAGCAAAGUCAGUGAAAGAGCUCUGCAAGAAAUCUACCUCAAGCCCUUCCAAAUAGCUAUCCAUGAUUCAAACCCUUGGGCUUUGAUGAUUGCGUAUAACCGGGUGAAUGGAGAACAUGUUUCUGAUAGCAAGAAAUUUGUGAAUGAUAUUCUUCGUGAGGAAUGGGGCUUCAAAGGCAUGGUUAUGAGUGACUGGAUCGACGUGUAUACCACUUCCGAGAGACCAACCGUUAUGCGUGGCAAAGCAGUUGAGCGUGCACUUGCUGGAGAACAAGUAUUUGUUUCGGACAUUGAUGAUAGAGUAAGAAAGCGUGCUCAAGCUUCUGGCAUCCCUUUCAAUGGACCUGAAGAGGGCAGAGAUACACCUGAGGUUUGUCAGCUCAUGCGCAGAGCUUCUGCGGACACUGUCGUACUCCUCAGGAAUGACAAGAAAAUUCUUCUGAUCACCGGUCAAUCAGCUAUCAAGAAAAUUGCUGUUAUCGGACCCAACGCUAAGAACAUGUUCUUCUCUGGAGGAGGUUCUGCUUGUCUGAAGCCCACUUACGUGGUCACUCCCCUAGAAGGCAUCAAAGAGGCCAUGCGCGAAUCGGCAUUUGGUUGCAGCUCCCAUAGAUAUUUGCCUCCUGCAUCCCCAUACCUUCGAGCACCAGGUGGUCAGAAGGGUCCUGGAGCAUUUCUUGAGUUCUGGAACGAGCUACCCUCCACCUCGUUCAUUGAGAUUUCACCCAAUUUUAGUGAACAGGUGGCACCCUGUGCAUGGGCUACACCAACUGCUGACACCAAAUUUUUUAUGGCUGAUGGUGUGGACUCCUCGAAAGUCAAUGAAAUAUGUUGGAUUCGUUACUCCACAACUUUUGUUCCAGACAAAGACGGAGACUGGGAACUUGGUCUUAACGUCACUGGGCAGGCCAACCUCUUCCUGGAUGGGAAACUUGUGAUUGACCUGAGCACAAAUCCGGAGAGAGGAGAAAAUUUCAUGAACGUUGGCACGGUGGAUGUCAUCCGCUCCGUCAAAGGUCUCAAAGCCGGCCAGGAGUAUCAUCUCAAGAUCAGGCUGUGCAACGAAGAGUAUGUGAAGCAUGGACCACUUGUGCCUGGUCAUGGCGGACUCAGACUUGGGGCAUUCUGCACAAUUGACCCUGAGGAUGCCAUCAAGAAGGCAGUCCAAAAUCUGAAAGAUGCUGAUUUGGCUGUCAUCGUUGCUGGCAUCAAUCAUGAGUGGGAGAGCAAAGGAUUCGACCAUCCUGACUUGGAGCUGCCCGGACUCAUCAAUCGUCUCAUACCUGAUAUCAUUGCAGCCAAUCCAAAUACUGUCAUCGUCAAUCAGUCUGGAUCACCAGUCCAUAUGCCAUGGGCUGAUCAAGCCCACACAUUACUUCAGACAUUCUAUGGAGGAAACAAGGGAGGUCACGGAAUAGCUGACAUACUUUUUGGCAAAGGUGUCUUUGUUGGAUAUAGAAACUAUGAGAAGAGAGGCAUUGCUCCACGUUUUCCCUUCGGUUUUGGUCUCUCCUACACUACCUUCGAGUUCAGCAAUGCUUCAGUGACGCCCAUAUCAGAAGACAGCAGAUUCAGUGUGUCCUUCACCAUCAAAAAUACUGGCAAAGAUUCGGGACGUGAAGUUGGCCAAGUAUACAUUGCAGACCCCGAUUCUUCGCUCCCUUGCCCUGGAAAGGAACUCAAGGGCUUCACCAAAGUCAAUCUAAAGCCAGGAGAAGAAAAGAAAGCGACUGUUGAGCUUACAAGGGAUGCUAUCAGUUUCUACGAUGAGAGGCAAAAAGCAUGGGUGGUGGAAGCAGGAACCUUUGAGGUGUAUGUCAGUGCUUCGUCUGCAGAUAUAAAGUUGUCGACCACCACCGAGUUGAAGCAAGGCUUCACUUGGAUUGGUCUUUGA